AUGUCACUGAAGCCUCAUAAGCCUAUAAGGCAAGAAUAUAUCGCUAAGGUGCGUUAUAUUAAUAAUUUACCACCACCUCCGUUGAACCCCAAGUUUAUAGAUUACAAUACAACUGAGAAGGUAUCGUCCAAAACGGAAUCAGAACAGUUAAUGAGUUCGUUGUUCAGAAAAGAGAACUUCACUAGUUUUAUAGAGUCUGUCGAUGAAGAAUUAGGGAUGAAUUUAAAUUUGAUUAAUAAUCCUGGGUUCUUGGAUAAUGAAAACGAAUCGAGUAUUUACAAAAUGGUCGGUGAGAAGAAUGAUAACGACGAUAUCAAGCACGUUAUAUUACACCCCAAGGAUAGAGCCUUAUUAAGAGAUGCAGGAAUUGGUAAGAUAUCUAAAUCAGAGCCAGAUGUUUCGUUUUUGAGAAGAACUGAAUAUAUCGCUGAGAAACAAAUACCAAAAUCAAACGGUACCUUGAACGGAAAUGACGAUGUUGAGGAAAUUGCGGAGGCGAAGAAAGCAGAACAGGCAAAUGACCCUGCUUCUCAGUUGGCGGCAGUAGAGAAAACCUUUGACGAAGCUCAAGAGACUUUGGAUAAUUUCACUAAUUUAAAACACCCAAGCAAGAAACACUUGAAGGCGGUAUCAACAUGGCCAUUAUUACCAGAUACUUCGAUGAUGGACACAAAGUUCUUAACACUUAAGUUUUCUGGUUCUGCUUCGAUUAGUCGUGAAUUGCAAAUGUUGAAGAGACAACAAAAGGAGAAAUACGACGAGACUUUACAAAAGAACUCUUUGGAAUCAGCUAUAUUCAGACCAAUUACGUCGGAAGACGGUGAAUGGAUUUCAAUGUAUCAAGUGCGCGAUGCUAAAAAGGCUCAAGAAGUAAAGGAAAAAUUGAAUUCUAGUGAACGUGAGCGUCCAGUUAAUAUAUUGGAUGAACAAGAGGGAAUCGAGGACUACAAAUUUAAGCAUAGCAAGGACUACGAUAUGAAUUUCCAUCGUUUCUCGAAGCCAUAUGAGGAACUAGCAAUUAAAUUUGAACCAGCUGAAGGUGCCUCUGAAAAUAAGAAAACACGGAAAAGAAAAGCUGCAUAUUAUUAUCCCGUUACAGGUAGAAUUGAUUUAAAGAAGCAUAGGGCCUCCACUAAUAGCGAAAUCAAUAGAUUCUUACGUGAUAGUGCUGUGGAUGUAAUUAACUUUGCAUUAAGAGAACCAAAUACCAAUGAAAUGAGAAAAAUGGAUGCUAUUAGGUCCGAAUUUGAUCCAAUGGAUUAUGAAGGUGAAGAAGACAUCGCAGAAGAAUUCAAUGAGGCUACAAAAGACAUUCCUGAUCAAGAUAAAUCGGAAGAAAAACCUGAUGCCAACAAUGUAAAUGCACAAGAAGAUUAA